AUGGCAGCAGGCACAGCUGAGGAGGACUUGCACAUGGAGGAGCUGCUGGACCAGGGUCUGGGGAUGGAGGAGACCGGGCAUGACCUGCUGAGGAGGCCCUCACUGAAGGAGAGUUAUCACUGCGACUCCCUGCUGGCACCGGACACCGACUUCAUGACAGAUGACCGCAGCUCAGCGGCGAGCGGUCUGGACGUGGCUGACCGGCUCACCUACCUGGAGCAGAGGAUGCAGAUGCAGGAGGAUGAGAUCCAGCUGCUGAAGCUGGCUCUGGCUGACGUCCUGAAGAGGCUCAACAUCUCAGAGGAGCACCAAGCUGCUGCUGCUGCUGCUGCUGCAGGGAAGAGGACCACAGGAGUUAAAGCGAGGCCUGUGUCUCUGGCACUGCCCUCCAGAGCGCCUAAUGUGACCUCCAGCUCAGCCUCCCUGAAGAAGAGCACCACGCUGCCCUCUAGCGCCGCAGCCAGGAACUACAGCCCCACACCACCCCGCAGUGGUGUGAAGAGCCCACUGGGUAGUGUGAAGGACAGUCCAUGUAAGACGACCAGAUCACGACCCAGCUCUGCGGCCUCCACCAGCAGGAAAGCUCAGGAAGGCAAGUCUAAAGAGGCUGCAGUCAACGUAGGGUCAAGACGUGUGACACACUGCAAAGUGACUAUGCAGAUCUAUCUGAGCCCCCUCGCAAGAAAGACUGGAUCUUCUGAGAACGCCAAAUCUGCAGCCUCGGUGCCUGCCAGCAGCGGGUCCAUGACGGCACCAAACAACCCUCAGGCGAAGGGGAGCAGCAAGACGGAGACUAGGAAAAAAUCCCCGUCCCUCACCUUGAACCUGCAGAAAACCACAACGAGCCAGAACACGGUGCAGGACACAGCGGGCCACAAGAGCCCUCUGAAAUCACCCAGCCAGUACUUUCAGAUCUGUUACUAA